AUGGGACCUCAUUUUAGGGCUCCAGUACAUGAUGACCCUUUAGCUAACGUGAGAAACCCGAGACAAACAGGUACCUUACAAGACUAUAUUCAUGAGUUUGAUGUGAUUUAUCCCCGAGCUAAGAUCCGGGAAGCUCAAGUCCUAAAGCCUAUUCCUUAUCUCGGUUACAAGAGCUCACCAUACAGUGCUAUUCAAAAUCCCUCCAAUCCAAUAUCCAUUUCCUUAUUUUCCAAAUUCUCAAAACCAUUCCCACCAACACUAACUUUACUCGAGAAGGCUAGUAAACAAACAAUCACAUUCUCUCAAAACAUUGGUAUCUUGCAUACACCAAAUAUACCAAGACACACGGACCAAGCUAGACCUUACAUUGCCUCAUAG